GAGACGCGACCACCACCCAGCGCGAUUUCCGCUCGCCGUCGCCGUCCCCCGCAGGCCUGAGCGCCCUAGCGCCGUCCCGUCUCGUCAUGUUCCCCAUGCUUGUGGCGUCCCUGAUCACGUCGUUGGUGCUGUGCUGCCUCCUGAUACCCUCCGUCUGGGCGACACUCACGGCUGCCGACGACUGUGACGCCUGGGAGUCUGGUGCUACCCGCAUUGCCUCGCGGCAUCCGUUUCGGGAGACUGGACCUCCGGCAUGUAUGGCCAAGUUAAUUAUGCAGAGACAUAAGAUAAACCAGUCGACUACGAGACGACGGCGUAGCCCCUCCGUCAGCUAUACCCGCCAGUCCGCGCGUGCCUACACCAACCUAGCCCCCUCUCGCGCCCGCAUCACCCCAUGGCUCCGUCUGGGCAGGAGAUUCGGAAGGCAAAAUUAUUAGACGGGCUUCAGGCGUCACUUGGAUUAAUCGCGCUGCGUUGUUCACCUCUAUAUACCCAAUCUAAAACACAAGUAACGAAUAUUCAUAUCUUAUUGUUUUGGAUGAUUCUAUGUUGAUCUCAGGUUCUCGUUUUCCAUGAGACGCGUUGUUUGAUUACGGUACCG